UCCAGAGAACCCUGGGACAAAGAAGCAAGCCAGCCCACUGCAGACCCAGGCAUGGUCAUGGACAGUGUGGAAGCAGGAGACACAACACCUCCCACCAAAAGGAAGAGCAAGUUCUCUGGCUUUGGCAAGAUCUUCAAGCCUUGGAAAUGGAGGAAAAAAAAAAGUAGUGAUAAAUUCAAAGAGACUUCAGAAGUUUUAGAGCGAAAAAUAUCUAUGCGAAAACCCAGAGAAGAGCUGGUUAAGAGAGGGGUCCUGCUGGAAGAGCCUGAGCAGGGUGAGUCUGCAGACAGCCCGCAUGCCACUGUCUCUGUGUGCCUGGUUGUUAUUCUCUCUUUUCUAGCUGAACUGUCACAAGCAAUAAACAGUGGCACAUUGUUAUCAAAACCAUCCCCACCCUUACCACCUAAGAGAGGCAUUCCAUCCACCUUGGUACCUACCGUGGAGCCUGCUCCUGUCAUCACCACAAAAACACCAAGUGAUCAAAGAGAGAAGAGCACGUACUCUGUGGGCUCUGAACCGCUGAUGAUAAUCCCACCUCCAUCUCCAUCCCCUCCACUGCCUACUCAUAUACCUCCAGAGCCUCCACGUUCCCCUCCAUUCCCUGCUAAGACUUUUGUAGUUGUGCCAGAAAUUGAGUUUAUACCCUGCUUAGAUCUAUCCCAGGAGGUUUCCCAGCAAGAAGAUCAGAAGAAGGAGGUCCCAAAAAGGAUAUUGGACCAGAGCUUUGGGGAGCCCCAUGUACCUUCUAGACUGCCCCCACUCCCACUGCAUAUUCGAAUCCAGCAGGCCCUGACCAGCCCACUUCCCAUGACUCCUCCAUUGGAGGGCUCUCACAGAGCUCAUUCCUUGCUCUUUGAGAACAGUGACAACUUUUGUGAAGACAGCGUUACUCUGGGUCGGACCAGGUCACUUCCCAUCACUAUUGAAAUGCUGAAAGUUCCAGAUGAUGAAGAAGAGGAGCAGAUCUGCCCACCUGCAUUCAGUGAAGAUGUGAUGUCUACCUCAGUCAUUUCCAAACUACCACAGUGUCUGCAGGAGGAAGAGGAGGAGAAGGAGAGUGACUCUGAUUCAGAGGGGCCCAUUCAGUACCGAGAUGAAGAGGAUGAAGAUGAAAGCCAUCAGAGUGCUCUAGCCAACAAAGUGAAAAGGAAAGACACACUGGCAAUGAAGUUGAACCACAGACCCAGUGAACCAGAACUGAACUUGAAUAUUUGGCCUCAUAAAAGCAAGGAGGAGUGGAAUGAAAUUCGGCACCAGAUUGGGAAUACACUGAUCCGACGACUGAGUCAAAGACCAACACCAGAAGAACUCGAACAACGAAAUAUAUUACAACGUGAGUCUGGCUAUGGAAAUAAAGUUCUCAGUCAAAGGCCAACUGUGGCUGAACUACUUGCUAGGAAGAUUCUGAGGUUUAAUGAAUAUGUGGAGGUAACAGAUGCUCAAGAUUAUGAUCGGAGAGCUGACAAACCUUGGACCAAACUGACCCCUGCUGACAAGGCUGCCAUAAGAAAAGAAUUAAAUGAAUUUAAAAGCUCAGAGAUGGAGGUUCAUGAAGAGAGCAAACAUUUUACACGCUACCAUCGUCCAUGAUGCCAAAAUUUGAGAGAUGAACAACUCCCCCAAAAAUAAAAAACAGGGCUGAUUUGCCACUUCUGUCUCCAGAGUGAUAUGGAGUGAACUUUAGCACUUCCCAGCACAGCCAGAAUUGCAUCCUCUAGGAUCUAGUUCUGGGGCGAACAGCACUUCUAUGAAUGUAGCAUUUCACUGGAAUGGAUUCUCACCAUGCUGCCCCUGGGGCAAAAAUGAACAUUUGUCAGUGCUUUUGUACUUUUUGAUAUUGCUGCAUACUCAAGGGAUUUUUCCCUCACCAGCCACCAAAGUCCCAAACCACUUGCAAGUUGUAGAUUGUAUUGGCUGCGCCAUACCCCCUCCCCAAGAUCACGACUGCCUGUGCUGAGGCACAGUUUGCACCAUUAGCCUUACCUGUCCUGCCCUAGUUGUGAGACCUACUUCUAUAGGUGCUAAAUUCUAGCCAUCAAAUCCAAUUUUUAGUAGGAAAAACCUUCUGGAGGCCCCCAACCAUUUGUUAAAGGGGUCACCACCUCCAGGAAAAGCCUUCCAACCACACUGGCAUGUCAGAUGAAAGCAUUGCACUAUACCUCUUGGAACAAAGCAAUACAGACAGACUUCUUCAGGCACUUCAGCCUGAGAGGAAGCUCAGGAUCUGACAAGUUCCUCUUUUUCACAAGUUAUCCUGCUUAUUAAAAAGUGAUCUUCAAGUAAUAGGAACUUACGUGUUUCCUGUCUGUUAAACAAUCUGAGCUGCAAUCAGAUUCUAUGUUGGUUAAAAUGAGAAAGCAUGUAUAUUUUCUAUAUACAAAAAGUAAAAAAAGCCUUAAUAUUAAUGCCAAUUUGACAGAAAACUGAUUCGUGGCUUAAAUUUUGCAGGCUAUUGUACUUUUCUUGUACCAAAUGAUAUUCUAAAUCACUUUGACCAAUAGACGUGUUCUCUGUAAAGUAGAGCAAUUCUGUGGAAGCAUUUGUGAGCUGUCUGUCCCCACACUUCUGAACAGAAUCACAGCAAGAUUCUAAGGGAUGUGGGGUGCUAGAUAGCCAAAGGUCUUUGGAACAGCAAGAAAGCGGCAUGACUACGGUCCACUGCCCCCUCUUCUCUAUGCUGUUUGCUUCUCUUGCUGCCAACUCCCUUUUCACUCCAACACCCAUCCUGCCCAUCCCUUCUGGCAGCUUCUGCCUCAUUCUCCUCUCCUCUUCCAAACUGUAGCCAAUGUAUUUGGUGCCUGGGCAUUGGCUCAGCACCCCCUCCUCUUUCUGUUUUUGUAAUAUACAUUAAUAUGUUUUCCUAAAAGAAAAGAUUUGGUUUCUUUCUUUGAAUUUUUAUUGAGAACCAUACAGCCUAUUUCCUCUAAUGCUCAUCCACACUGUAAGUAGGAGAAAAAAUAGUUUUAACUGAUGAAUGUGGCUUUUUUCCUUUACUUUCAUGUUCAAGAAAUUGUGGCUAUUUCGUGGAUUUCUUCAGAUUUUUUUUUGUGCAGGCCCCUGUGAGUUUCUCUGUUACAUAAUAUUUCAGUAGAUUUUUUUCUCCUUUCACAUUCAUACAAGACUUGCUAAAGAAGCAGAAUAUCAAGUCCAAACAAAAAAAAAAUCUAAAGUGACCUUAAAUGGCAGUGUCUUCUCUCUGUGUGGGGAAAGAGGGGAUUUGAUUUCUCAGUUACCAUCAAAUGUUUUAUAGCUAUGGAAACAAUGCUGGAUCUUUAUCUCUGAAGUUCAUUAACACUGAGGGAAGAUAAGUGAUGAUUCCACUAAUGAUUCUUCCUUUAGAGGUCUAGAAUAAGAUAGCCCCCCUUUAACUGCUAACUUCACUUCUAACUGUUCUAUCUGGUCGGUUAGGAGACAACUUGACUUAUGCCAGCAUUCUCUGUGGCUUGUGGUAACAUUUUCAGACCCUUCUUUAACUGCCUUUCUUACCCUGAAUGUGCCAAGCCUGAAACAGGAUUUGAUUCCCUGAGCUACUGGUCAGCUUUCUAUGUGCCACCAAAGAAUCUGGUUAAUCUUUCAUCUCAUUCAAUGUUCUUUUUGAAACAAGACACUUUGGGGGUCAAGUCUAUUCAGGUGUUUGUAUUAUGUGUAUAAAAAUGGAUUUUGUGUUCCCUUUCCAUGUAAGUACUAAUUUACACGAAAACUCACAAUCAUGUAAAGAAGAAAUAAAAGCCUGGCCUAUUGUACUUCAAGAUGCUCCGUGAUGUACAGAAUCUCCUUGUAAAAUAAAUAAUUGCAUUGUAUAUCAGUCUUCCCAUCAAUAGUAAUUAUUAAAGUAUUUUAGAAUUUUAAAAUACCAAACUAU